GGCAAACACCUUUUUGUGAAACAAAUGGAGGACGCACGUGCAUCACGUGAAGGUCAGGAGUCAGCGUGGUGCGCGCGCAGCCGACCUUACGUGCUGGGAGGCAGACCGGAAGCGAUGGUGUGUCCAUGUUGCACAACCCGACACUCAGCGGCCAUUGUUUUCCUCCCCCGUUUAGCACCGGGAGGAACUGGAGGCGGCCAGACACGCGAAAGAGAGAGAAAUCCGAUGGCGAUGGUUAGCGCGGCCAUUACACGUGAUGGAGCGUGCGGCCGGUGUCCGGCCAGCUGGGAGGAUGCACUCGUCACUGGCUACUCACGCUUCGUUACCUCGCCACUCUUUGUCUUUUGUGACGGCUAUUUCUGGCAACAGGUCUUUUAUGGGGCCUUCUGCUGUUCCUCCCUUGCACCUCCUUCCCCCGUCACCAUCAUCAUACCUUAGUCCACCGGGACAAAUGGUUCGGCGUCAGCAUUGUACAGUGGGGGUCAGUAGACAUAGCACUGUACAACAGGGGGUCAGUAGAAACACUGUACAAUGGAGGUCAGUAGAAACACUGUACAAUAGGGGGUCAGAAAUAAGUCUGUGGACAGAUACAAGUAAUGUUGUCCUGUAGACAGGUGUGUGGUAACAUCAACAUGUGUAAAUAGGGCUAUUCUGUAGACAGGUGUGUGGACACAGUGUUGAUGUAGAUGACCUGCCUCGUGUUAUUACUUAAUGAAAAAUUCUCUUCCUCCCGGAAAAUACAUUGGUACAUGCGUUACUUACUUGUACAUAUAUACACAUGUAAAUGUACAUGCUUGCAAACACCUUCACCUGCCACACACAACAGCCCCACUAUUGUCUUUGUUACUCCAAGACCCCACUCUCACUAUCUCUUUCACCCACUCUUUCCCUCGCUCCCUACAUCUGCUAACCUCUCUCUCCUUCCUUCAUUGUCUCUCUCUCGCUAUUUCUGUUAACCGCUCUCUCCUUCUCUCAUUCUCUCCCUCACUCCCUAGUUCUGCUAGCCACUCUCUCCACUCCUUCUCUCCCUCACUGGCCCACCACCAGAGAGAGGGUGUAUCACUCACAUACUGUACACUCAGUGUUGUAAACACGACUGGGGAGCAUUUGUCCAACAAAUCACGUGGCUGUCGUGGUGUCAGUGGAUUUCCGUUUUUGUUUGUGUUUUGAAUGUGGUGACACGCACCAAGUGUUCGCCUCACAGUCGACAUGACUUGUAAUAACUGUGUGACCACCGGCCUCUCCUCGCUUUUAAACAAUGUUUCUGGCGGGAGGUGAGCGGAGGUGCAGGCUAAUUGGGAGGCAGGGCUGACAUCUCGAGUACCGCUCACAGCUCACACUACCAGUGUCUUGCCUGCAGUCAGACUCCGUCAGUCACACAGUCGCUCGCUCACGUGGCGCUGGUCAUCAGGUGUGGACACACAUCCACACACACAUACAGCUCUGUAUGUCACUUCAUAAUGUCCUGCUGACCACAUCCACAGUGUUCUUGCAAUACACAAAUAGCCAGGCUAGCCUAAACAUUAAAUUUGUGUUAUCAUUUCGCUUGCUUUCCAUCAUACACACGGGGAUCCUCACUCAGUCCACGCGCACGCGCCCUCUCCCCACAUGUGAUCACUGUAAUAGAUUAUCGCAAAAACAAAACAACGAUUAUCUACUUUCUAGAAGCCGCUUGCUUUCAAAAGCAAGUUAGGUGGAGAGGUUUUGCAGGCAGGAGCCACGAGGUCUGGUGUCUGGAGUCUGUAGACAAGUCGAUGACAAGUGAGCGGAGACAGACUGUGGGACACGAACACUUGGACAAGUGAACAAGAUGGCGCUCACUGAACUUGUCGCUUAGGCUUUGAGUAACAACAUUUUUAUGGAUUUCUUCAGGAUGUGCUUAGUGAAUCUUUUAUUUAAAUGUGUUUAGUUCUUGUCUGGUCGUCCGCCGUUCAGAGAAAUAGAAUAAUUACAAAACGAUGUCAGAGUGUGGAGGAAGGCUUCACUAAACAUCACUUUCAUCGCUGUAUGAGUCUGAAUGUUGUGUCCAGCAAGCUUCGCUGGAACCUUUAGGUUAGUCCAAGACAACCACCGAUGUUCCAACUCUUAGGAACACGAGGAGGCAGGGUGGCACAUUCAAACUGUGAUGGAAUAUGACAUCCCUUGUGGAAGCCAUCUAUCUCCGACAAAAAUGAUCACCACAGUCAGAAGACACAAAAGACAAGACUUAUCAAUAUUCGAAGUUAAAGACAAGUGGGGAGACAACCACAAAGGACAGCAGCUACAAGAGAAGCAAUGUAGUCACAAAAAGACAACACAAACUAGACAUCUCAAAGUGAAAUACAUCAUCAGUGGCUGUUACACAGCUUAAACACACCACCAGUGACUGUUACACAUCUUAGACUUAAAUACAUCACCAGUGACUGUUAGAAAACAGCGGGUCUUUCACGCUGGUUUGGGCCGAUCAUGUGACUGCGAAGUGGUUCAACGUCUCUAGGGAUUGUCCGCAACACACAUAACCCUUCAGAAUAUCGCAGCCACAAAUAACCAUUCAUAUUAAACACAGAUAAUCCAUCAGACAAGCCAAAGAACAGAUAUAUGUCUUGACACAACAUUGUGCGCUAUUUGCUGUGUGGAAGAAAAUUGUGGUGAACAUGACAAAGGUGCGGCCAUGAAGACAUUGGGACUCUUGCCGCCACGUUUGCCGGACACGACUUGAUGGUGGUGCUGUGCCAUGUGUAGGACAUCCCAUGGUCCCCGGCUGUCUGCUGCACAAUCAUCAUGGGUCCGACACAAUUGCUCCUCUUGCUGUGCUGCCUUCUGGGAAGGGUUGAGUCCAACAAAGUUGAGUCAGACAAAGAAGAGUUGAUGAAAAAGCUACAGGAGGCCAGGACAGCUUGCUUUCAAAGAAAAUCAAAUGCUGUUCGACCCACUGAUGGUGUAUAUUGCGACAUGGAGUGGGACAACAUCCUCUGCUGGAACUUCACUCGAGCGGGCACCACAGCCAUGCAGGCAUGUCCGGGCUUCGUCAACCGACUGAAUCCUUUUGAGAAUGCAACACGCACCUGUCUGCCUGAGGGCGUGUGGGCGCCACCUCCACCUGAAGCCAACAUCACCUCGUCCAACGGCUGGACUAACUUUUCUGCUUGCGUCCUGCCUCCACCCACGACACCUCCUCGUCCCUACGUUGCGGCCAUAAUUAAGGAGCACAUGCCCAGGAUCACCAUGGUGUCCAAGAUAGGCUACUCCAUUUCUCUGGUCGCCCUCGUCCUUGCUAUUGGCAUCAUGCUCGUCUUCCGGCGGCUGUACUGUCAGCGCAACACCAUCCACAUCAACCUGUUUGUGUCGUUUGGUCUGCGGGCCAUCAUCUGCCUGCUGCGGGACUCGCUGCUGGUGCGGGGCCUGGGGCUGCCGCAGGACGUGGUAUACGACCAAGAUGGCGAUAUUUCCUUCAACCCAGCCGGCUCGCACUGGGAGUGCAAGCUGCUGAUGACACUCUUUCAGCUGGCGCUAUUCGCUAACUACACGUGGAUUUUUGUGGAAGGUCUCUACCUCCACACUCUCAUCUUCUUUGCCGUCUUUUCUCAGAAAGCAGUCUUCAAAUGGUAUAUCAUACUUGGAUGGGCAACGCCUUUCAUGUUCCUCAUCCCGUGGGUUCUCGUACGAAUUUUCAAGAACAACACUUUAUGCUGGAACACCCAUGAAGAAGGCUACUAUUGGAUCCUGAAAGGCCCUAUAAUGGUUUCUAUAUUUGUGAACUUCUUCUUCUUUUUGAACAUCAUCCGAGUGCUGUUCACAAAACUGAGGGCAACAAACACCAGGGAUCCUCAGCGAUACAGGAAGCUGGCAAAGUCCACUUUGGUUCUGAUCCCGUUAUUUGGCGUCUACUACAUGUUCUUCAUCGUCAUCAACGCGCACAACACUGCUAACCCUACACUGGAGGUCGUCCUCUUUUACCUGGAAAUGACCCUCAACUCCUUUCAGGGAACAGUGGUGGCGUUUCUCUUCUGCUUCGUCAAUGGCGAGGUGCGAGAAGAGAUCAAAAAGAAGUGGACUCGGCACUGGCUGCGGCGCCACAGCACCGUGUCUGCACGCUCCUCCCGGGCCUUCUCCACCACCUCCUUCUGGUUCAAAGAGCGAGCCAGCAUUUCACAAGGACCUGCAGGCGACUACUUGCGCAGAAACUCCAGCAGACUGCCGGCUGUGGAGUCCAGUGUCAGUCUCAGAACCAUGGCAAGUGCUGCUGACAAAGGAGUGGAAUCCGGAAGAUGUGACGACUCCAAGCUCUGGACUUGUGGACUAUCACAUCUGGUGACUACCAACAACAGUAAUGUGCAAGUGGAUCCAGACAAAACAUGUGCAAACACUCACAAUGGACACACAGACUUGCCGGCUCAGGCAGCUGAGGGAGACUAUGAUGGCUGCAGUGCAGCGGAAGUGUCACCAAUGCUUAAAAACCACACUUGCUAAGGAACGGUGUAGGCUUCUACUACAGGCCUGUAUCCAUCUUGCUAGAGGUAUAAAGUGUCAGUGUGCCAUACUUGUCCUGUGCUGAGAUUUCAGAUGAACAGUUCCGGAAUUAGCAAGAGACGCGAAUGAGAUUAAGGUUGUAAUGUGCAGAUUGACUUACAAUGACUGUAGCUAAAUCUUAGGUCCUUAUUCCUGGGACACGUGCACCUGCAAGCUUCCUUUUACAUUACAGUGGAUGUUCAUUUGACGUUGCCAUUUACAUCGGAGUAUUGCCAACAAGUGCUUGUUUUUUAAUUUUACUAAUAUUUAUUAAUAUGUUAAUCUUUGUUACCCUAAUGUUUCACACCAGACAUUAUGCGGACACUAACAUCUAAAUGCAUAUAGUUCCUUGUAAUACUAAACGCCUGAAUAUUCUGACAUUAAUUAGAUGAUCCACUGAAUGUAAAGGCUAUACACCGACGCCGCCAACUAGAAAGCUUGGUGUGACAUCUACAUGUAACUGUAGUUUCCAUGGUUGUUCCUCUUCUACCUUGGUGUUGUUUUUCUAUAUCAGGACAAAAUGCUCAAUACUUUUUGCUUGUUUAAAGUGUCAAAUUUUAUAACAUUAUACACUAGAGUCAACAAGUUUAACUGAAUCUCUAGAAUAUACUUUAACUUCAUUUAUAUUGUGAAAAAGCUUUAACAGUGUUGUGAGAUAGAGCUCAUUAGUAACUUGUUCUUGAUUCUUUACUUAUAUAUGUGUUGAUUACACAAAUAUAUGCAUAAUAUCCAGUUAGUAUCGUAGCACAACUUUACAUAAUCUGCUCUCAGUUGUGUGCCCGAAGAUGGUCCUGGCAUCAGUUGUGCCACCUGAGGAGGCUGUCGUGAAGCUUCUUGAGUUCUAGAAUGCCAAAACUGCUUAAAAAAUAAUGAUUUUUAAAAUUUAUGGCCAAACAUUUUUUUGGCUGAUGAAUGUUACAGAUUCCCAAAUUGCAAGAGAAGACUUCUUGAGCGAAUUCAAUAUGGCUCAUGGUAGUGAAUUCAAAUUUCUGUCUUUAAGUCAGAUUUUUAAUGAAUGAAUGAACGAUGGAAGAACGAAGGAAUGAUCAGGAAACUAGUAAAGAGAUGGAAAAUUCA